AACCAGACAGUUCCAGCGCUGCAAUUGCGCUACUCUUCGUACUGUAAAGUACGGCAAACCCACCGAACCCACUGGGCCACACGCCAGUCCACCACACCACACCAGACUCGUGGCCACGCUUGCCAGAAACAGGCGGGCUCGCUCAAAUUGGAUCUGGCACGGUGAAGGAUCCCAGCAGGCGCAAGAGCGGCGGCGGAACUUAAUGUCGGAUAAAGGCAAGUGACAGGAACGCGGCCAAGCUGGCCAGUCAUAUGGAGAGUGCGGCAGGAUGUGGAGAGGGGCUGAUGCCAUAGUCCAGAGCUGCUUUGGCAAGUUUCCACGGGUUUCCACCGCGCCAAUGCCCACUCAGCUUGCCACCAUUGGCUGGCGGACGGUGCACCUCUCAGACUCAGACUCAGACUGCUGUGGGGCCACUAUUUAAUGUUUACCUUAUGCAUGCAUGCGCCUGGUUCUCCUGUGGGCUGCAUGCGUAGGCGCAGCCUGGGCCAAGCCAAGCUGACCACUCCCGAACCUUGGAGGAGACAACCUUGAGCGAGAUUUUGGUAGGUUCUCGUACUGUGCUGUAACGUAUUUCAUGCCUGAGGUUACGGACACACAACACAGCAAGACAGCAAGACCAAGGUCAAGGUCCACCACAGCUCGAGACACCCCUCCCUCCGAUGACCGCUUCUCAUCCCAAUCGAGCAAUCUGCAAUCUUGGAAACAGACCACGAGGCAUCUUUCAGAAACAUGAGAUCUGUACACAGAAACCGUCGGAAUUCAAAUGCCGUCUGCACUUCCUCAUUUUACUGUACAGUACCAAUUUACAACUGCCGCUCAUGACACAUCGUAAUCUUGCGUACACACCAGCUAAGGUAAAUUUCCUAGAGUUCGGAUCCGCUCCCCUUUCUUUGAGAGUAGGUAAUGAGUGAAUGAGGUGACUCGCUAAAAGAGGAAACAUCGUCAGCAGGGUCGUGUGACCUCAAUCACCACCAAAGAAUGCUUGCUGUGACGGGUGACGAGACACCUGCGAGACUUCCACCUCAAAGGAUCUCACGACACCUCUCCUGACUCGUCGGACGAGAAAGAAGAAGAAUCUGUCGACUUCUUUCGACGUCCACAAGGCAUGCAAGCAAUCCAUUCUCCGCAUUUCCCACUACUUUACUUCGAAAGGAUCAAUUGAUCCUCCCCGUCACCGAGACAUCACAUCAGGCCAAUUAUGUCGUGAUCAGCUCACAAAGGUUUCAAUUCCCCUUAGCCGUCUUCCAUGGCUUGAAAGCAUCAAAGCAAGGGAGAUGUUGAAGAUAUUCGGAUACACCGGAGACCACCGAAAGACCCCCCUAUCUCCCCGCCUUGUCGUCAGCUUUGGAGGUGACUUUACUUGGUCAAUAAUAAAUUGCCUUUAUGACGACUUUACAUGCUCACACAAGCACCAACUUCGUAUCGCCCGUGAUGAAACGCCGCAGAUCACCCAUCUAUCCAGACAUUCAUCCAGAACUCUGAUAUACCAGUAUCUCAUUCCUCGCCAACAAAACAGCCGCCGACCUCGCAGUCUGCGAAGUCUCCCAGGACCUCAUCUCGAUGUGCAGUUACUAGCGACACACAGUCUCGAUCCUUCUCACUACUCUGAGGAUUCAUUCGCCAGAAUAGACGCAGUCAUGCCUCAGGCCCGAAAAUCAGAAACAUCUAAAAAUGCCUAGAAACUACGGCCAACACACACAACCUAUCACCAGUAACCGCCCUACACCUCCUCAUCUAUCUGAAGGGUUGUCUCGGGAGUUGACUGGUUGCCCAUGGGAAUUGGCUUUUGAAUACCAAGUAUACUCUGUGCUGUAAAACGUCUUUCGCUUCGUUGAGCCCUGCGAGGCCGUCGCGGCGGUCAUCAUCAUUCCAUCAUAUCUCAUCUAAAUGAAAAUGAAAAUAGUGUUUGGUCUGUGGUAGACGACGAAGGGAGCUCUACUAGGUUGUUGCUUGGUUGCUUCAGUUUCGUAUGAUGAUCCCCACGCAUCGAGCUUCCCUUCUUCCCUUUUAGCCAGUGGGAACUCUGAUAAGCUCAGAGCAUCCAACUCGCUCCCAGCGGCAGAUCGCUCUGUUGGAUCGCCCCAUACAUCAACUCAAUCGAGCCUGUAGGGGGGCAUGAUAUCUUUCGAAUUCGUAUCUCCGACUCCUUGGGGCUGGAGGCUGGAUUCGCAUGAGUAUCAUAGGUGCGGAAAGACCAGAAGGACAAGACGGGACCCUGAAACUCUCCAGUAAUCUUGUCUUUGUUUUCCCACACACUGAAGGGCUGGCGGAAGCCGUCCGUCAAACAGUGCAACUGCUUUCGCUUCGUGGCGCCAAAACAUCGUACUGCCACAAGACAUUUACUUUCUGGUAUGGCACCACCAGAUGGUAAGGCAAGCAAUCCAUAGAGCGGAGCAGAAUGCACGGCAACCUUCCGUAACGCCAUACUGUACCACAUGGCGAAAGCUGUGGCAGCUCUCCCUUGCUUGCCACGAAGCUUCAAGCUUCUGUACAACGGAGGUGAAAACGAAAGCUCUCAGCGUGCAGGACCCCAAACCUCCACCUGAACUCUCCGCCAAAGCCAUUUAUUUUAUUUCUGUAAACCAUCCCAAAUUUGACCCACCUUCCAUCCCAUCACAAUACCGAUCGAUCGCUUGAAUCUUCACAGCACAGUAGGGAUCUGUGACAACCCCACUGCUGUCGCGGGGACUCAAACCCCACAAUUGACUUCAAAUCUGAUACAGUCAUCACGUCACGUACGUCGAGCUUGAAGAUUCGUGCGCUGGCGCUUCAUGACCCCACAGUGAGCCCGUUUCAAGAAACGACAGACAGCGAGCCCGUCUGGAAUUUCGUUGUUCCCAUCGCGAGCUUCGCUUGAGAUUUUCCUCCCAGCCUGCCAGCUUCCCAAAGUCCAGGAGCCAAGGCUAGCUUAGCGAAACAACAGCAGCACCAGAAAGCGGUGAAAGUCUUAUUUCCAUCCACUCGCUGCAUCUACUAUCAAGAAACGAAAAGAUCUCCAACAGCGAGUUCACAUCCGCGAAUAAGGACCCUAGAUACGGCUGAGCUUGGGCCUGGACAAGAUUUUAAACCUUCACCAGAGGUUGGCUGCAUUAAGUAUUGCAUCCCUAAUCGAUAAGAUAGAGGUCUAGACCCUCUUCUUCUCUUAUCCGGGAAAUCUCUUCUUCCGGGUGGGUCCCAGAGAUCUUGUUAACUGGAUCUUGAUCUUGAACUUGACAGUACGAGUAGGUAGUUGGACCUUGGGGGCCUGAGAAGGGAGCUUCCGCUGCAGCGAGCCAUGAACAAGCACAUGAACGGUGAGGUGAAAAUUUCCCGUUGUCUCCAGAUCCAAAUCUAUUGGGAUCCACAAUUCUAUCUGCCUUGCCAGCAGUUCCUGAAGCUAUCACACUCGUUUUAUAGUACAGUCGUAGCCUUAACGCAUCUGCCGCAGAAGAUAUCUGUUAUUGUAAAUAAUGAAAAGUGGCUGUCCGAGGUGCACAUACUUGUCUCCUUUGUCGUCUUCCUCCUCACUUUCGAUCUUUGAAACAAGAUGUCUUCAAGUAAAAUUCUUCAACGGCUAUCAAAUCGAAAGCAAGACAUUUCCAAAACCUCUCCAUCCAGAAGAGCACAGAGAAAUAAAAACAAAAACAAAAACAAAAAAUUCUCCCUCCCGCAGCGGGGCCGUUGAACUGCUGGUCUUGUCUUGCCUUGCCUUGCCUUGCCCACCAACCUGCCUGCUUCCUGCACAUGCGAACUGUGUGGACCAGAACCCAUACCUGCCAUGCAAGUCUCCAGUCCCCGAAUAGAAAAUAUCCGAAAUAUUGAAAACGAAAAUUCCUACAUGUUCACCGCCAUCACAAUCUUAAAAUUCCAUGCAUCUAGUGUAUUGUAAACAGAGGCAAAGAAUUUGCCACAUGUCCCAUUCCCCAGUUCCAUUCCCAUUCCCAUUCCCGGCUCACGAGCCCCGAAGCGAGCGAAUUCUCCCGGCGUGCCAACCACCAAGGAAGUAAAUCGACAACACACAGACUCCAGCGCAACAGAAAACACCAGCAAAAGCCACAUACACUGCAGCAAAAGUAUCCAUUUACCUGCAUACACCCAUUCCUCCCAUCUUCCCAGAUCCAUAUUCACGCCUCGCAGCUCGCAUAACGCAGCUAAAUCUUCCCUUACCCACUCGUAUAAAGGGAAGGCUUGCAUGAGCCCCACUGCAUCUCACCCAGCUGCACCUUUUCCUGCACGUUACCUUACCUGCCCUCCUGCCCUUCCCAUCCAUCCACCCACCCAAAAUCCACCUUCUGCAUCCUUCCUGCACGCCCUCUGCACCACUACUGCAAGUUCCGCAAGUUCUGCAAGCCCCCCCAGCUCUUCCCGCUCACCUUGAGUGGUUCCAGAUCCCACUACUAUCCCCAGAGCAGAGCUUUGCGAUUUGCUUCUCGUUGGUCGCCAGGGGGCCUAAAUCAGACAGACACACAUCCAGCGAAGAAAAUUUUCCUUUACACCGCUAUCUCGACACGACGAUAAUCUCGGAUUCUCCUAUUGACUAGGUGGUUGAUCGAUACUUGAGAGGACACGGUUGGGAAGUCCGUACAGAGCGACAGGGAAACUGGGAAAUUAGUUGGAGACGGUGAGAGAGAGAGAUGGCUGAGAAGUUGGAAUUCGAUGGGGUGCUGUUGGAUAUCGAAGGGACGGUCUGCCCAAUUUCAUUCGUUAAGGAAGUCCUCUUCCCCUACUUCCUCCGCACCCUCACAACCAGCCUCCCCACUCUCUGGACCUCACCCACUUUCACACCCUACCUCGCUGCCUUCCCGCCACAACAUACCACCUCACCCGACACUUUCCUCACGCACAUCCGCUCCCUCGUCGCCUCCGACAUCAAAGCAGCACCGCUCAAGAACCUCCAAGGCUACAUCUGGCUCUCUGGCUACCAAUCCGGCGAGUUGAAAUGUCCGCUCUUUGCCGAUGUCCUUCCCGCAUUUAGAAGGUGGGGAGAGCAGGGGAGGAGAAUCGUGAUUUACAGCUCGGGCAGUGUGGAGGCGCAGAAGUUGUUGUUUAUGUACACGGAUGUGACGGGGGAUGGGGCUGAGGAUGGGGAUCUGAGGGGGUUUAUCGAGGGGUAUUUUGAUACGGUUAAUGCGGGGAUGAAGGGUGAGAGGGGGAGUUAUGUGAAGUUUUUUGAGGCUAUGAGAGGAGUGGAGGGGAAGAAGAUAGAGGAUAUUAGUAGGUGGUUAUUCUGUAGUGAUCGUGUGGAGGAGGUUGAUGCUGCGAGGGAAGCAGGUAUGCAGGCUGUUGUGGUAGUGAGAGAGGGAAAUGCUGCUUUGAGUGAGGGGGAUAAGGAGAGACACGUUCUGAUUGAGAGUUUUAAUGAGAUUGGUGAGGGUGGGAAGGUGAGGUAG